AUGGUUUGCUUCACCCUUGUACCUGCCAACAGACAGCAUAAAAUCCUGACCAAACGGUUCCCGCAAUCUUCUACAUCACUUAUGUCUCGCAGACGCCUGCCUAGGGGUCAAAAUGUGCACCAGCUCGGAAAUCAGGGCGAAUCUUCGAGGCCGAGCAGAAAUAUCACCGGGCCUCAAUCUGCAUUGACCGACUUCCUCGCUUCACACAAUAUCUCAGCUCGUCGAAUUCUUGACGAUGCGGAUCUGAGGCGCCAACAGGCGUCCACUAACAAUCGCGCGAAUGGAGAGGACGGCGUCAUUGAAGUCGAAGCUACCGUUACCGAGUCCCGCACCAGAAAAAGACGGCGAACAAGUCCCAAUUGUGCCGCUGAUGAGUCCAAACUAAAGAAAAAGCAGGAGGCGAAAGCCAUUGAAAAAAUCAAAGCUAGCAAAGCCUAUAAGAAACGCAAGAAGCAUGCUGCUGAUGAUGAUGACGAUGAUGAUGACGAUGAAAUCGCCCGUGCUAUUUUUGAAUCUCGCCAUGCACCACUUCCUGGGCAGAUGGAAAAUUGCGCCAUUUGCGACAAGAGGUUUACGGUAACGCCGUACUCGGUUUCUGGACCUGAAGGGGGUCUGUUGUGCGCCCCGUGUGGCCGGGAGGUGGCAAGGGAACGCCAGGGCUCUCAACCAAAGAAGAGGCCGAAGAAGCAGGCGGGUGGAGUUGGUUCCCGCCGGAGCAUACAAAGUCGCAUCCUGGACGGUGAUGUUGGCACAAAAAGCUUGGCUACUCUUUGUGUACAAACUCUGGCCAAGAAUGUCGACAUGGCCGAAAGUUUGGGCGAUUUGCCUGAGCACCUUAUCGACAAGAUUGCGCGAAUCUUUUCGAAAAGAAGACUUUUGCGGCCCGAAACACUGCCGUUGUUUGCCCAGCCGAGUACGGAAAGCAUAAAUAUCUACGACGGCGCGAAGCUUGGCGAUCGAGACUACGUCAGUAUUUUUCAGGUCGCGCCGAACCUACGUCGGUUCAAGGCUCGUGCGGCUAUUCAAUUCAAAGACGAAGUCAUGGACUACCUUCUAUCUCGCGACAUAGCUUUGGAGAGCUUCUAUCUGCAUGGAGCCAAUUUGCUCAGCGAGGAGAAGUGGCAUGAGUUCUUCAUGAAAAAGGGACAGUCACUCACGGGUGUGCAGGUUUAUUACACAGACAAGCAUUUUGGGGAUGACACGAUUGACAUCAUGGCGACCUACACACCGAAUCUUCGGCGGCUCAAAGUAGAAAACAACCAGAAAAUGACGAGCAAAGGUGUAGAGUCGAUGGGCGGUCUGUCCUCCCUCGAGCACCUCGGUCUGCAACUGCAAAACUCACCCUCACCCACGGCGAUCAACGGGGCUCUUUCAAAAAUUGGCCCCAAGCUCAAGACGCUCUCGUUGAAGAUUGUUCCUGAUGCCGACGAUUCUGUCCUGCAAACGAUUCACGAAUCAUGUUCCUCUCUGACGAAACUCCGCAUCACGGAGAGUGAGAAAAUGACAGAUCGAGGCUUUGUCGACCUGUUCACAAACUGGCGCAAUCCUCCCCUUGGUCUCGUGGACCUGCAAAAGUGCCGAUAUAUCGACGCUACUCACCCACGCACAAACGAUGAUGGAGUCGGUCUCUGUGGCGAAGGUUUCAAAGCUUUAAUGGCUCAUUCCGGGCGGCAUCUCGUGGACUUGAAUGUUCACGCGUGCCGGCAUAUAUCACAGCAAGCGUUUGAAGACGCUUUCAACGAAAAGGCUCAUUACCCGGAAUUGAAGCGCCUCGAGAUUAGCUUUUGCGAAGAGGUCACGGAUUUCAUUUUGGGAUCCAUCUUCCGGGCCUGCCCAAAGAUCAAAGAGGUCAACGUUUUUGGGUGCAUGAAAGUUAAAGAAGUCCGGGUCCCAAGAGGUGUGAUUCUCGUGGGGGUGCCCAAUGCCCAAGGUAUGAUUACGGAGGGCAUAGACUGA